CCCCAGUGACAGCUUCCCGGGAGGGCGGGCGGCGGCCGCGGUUCCCGCUUCGGCCCGGGCGGCGGCGAGCGUCGCGCGGGCGGCCCCGGAGCGGCCGAGCAACAUGUCUCGCGAGCGCAAGGGCCUGUCGGAGCUGCGGUCGGAGCUCUACUUCCUCAUCGCCCGCUUCCUGGAGGACGGCCCGUGCCAGCAGGCGGCUCAGGUGCUGAUCCGCGAGGUGGCCGAGAAGGAGCUGCUGCCCCGGCGCACCGACUGGACGGGCCGAGAGCACCCCAGGACCUACCAGAAUCUGGUAAAGUAUUAUCGACACUUAGCACCUGAUCAUUUGCUGCAAAUAUGUCAUCGAUUAGGACCACUUCUCGAACAAGAAAUUCCACAGAGUGUUCCUGGAGUACAAACUUUGUUAGGAGCUGGAAGGCAGUCCUUGCUUCGCACAAAUAAAAGUUGUAAACAUGUUGUGUGGAAAGGAUCUGCUCUUGCGGCAUUACACUGUGGAAGACCACCUGAGUUGCCAAUUAAUUAUGGUAGCCCCCCUAGUAUUGCUGAUACUUUGUUUUCAAGGAAGUUGAAUGGGAAAUACAGGCUUGAAAGACUUGUCCCAACAGCAGUUUAUCAGCACAUGAAAAUGCACAAAAGAAUUCUAGGACACUUAUCAUCUGUGUACUGUGUAACUUUUGAUCGAACUGGCCGACGAAUAUUUACUGGUUCUGAUGACUGUCUUGUAAAAAUCUGGGCAACAGAUGAUGGGAGAUUAUUAGCUACUUUAAGAGGACAUGCUGCUGAAAUAUCAGACAUGGCAGUGAACUAUGAGAAUACCAUGAUAGCAGCUGGAAGCUGUGAUAAAAUGAUCAGAGUCUGGUGUCUUCGAACAUGUGCACCUUUGGCUGUUCUUCAGGGCCAUAGUGCAUCUAUAACUUCACUUCAGUUCUCACCGUUGUGCAGUGGAUCAAAGAGAUACUUAUCCUCUACUGGAGCAGAUGGCACUAUUUGUUUUUGGCUAUGGGAUGCUGGAACUCUUAAAAUAAAUUCAAGACCUACAAAAUUUACAGAGCGUCCUCGACCUGGAGUUCAAAUGAUCUGUUCUUCAUUUAGUGCUGGUGGAAUGUUUCUGGCCACAGGAAGCACAGAUCAUAUUAUUAGAGUUUAUUUUUUUGGAGCAGGCCAACCAGAAAAAAUAUCAGAAUUGGAAUGCCAUACUGACAAGGUUGACAGUAUCCAGUUUUCCAACACUAGUAACAGGUUUGUAAGUGGAAGUCGUGAUGGAACUGCACGUAUUUGGCAUUUUAAACGAAGAGAAUGGAAGAGCAUUUUGUUGGAUAUGGCUACCCGUCCAGCAGGCCAAAAUCUUCAAGGAGUAGAAGAUAAGAUCACAAAAAUGAAAGUCACAAUGGUAGCAUGGGAUCGACAUGACAAUACAGUUAUAACUGCAGUUAAUAACAUGACUCUGAAAGUUUGGAAUUCUUAUACUGGUCAACUAAUUCAUGUCCUCAUGGGUCAUGAAGAUGAGGUGUUUGUUCUUGAACCACACCCAUUUGAUCCAAGAGUUCUCUUUUCUGCUGGUCAUGAUGGAAAUGUCAUAGUGUGGGAUCUUGCAAGAGGAGUCAAAAUUCGAUCUUAUUUCAAUAUGAUUGAAGGCCAAGGACAUGGUGCAGUAUUUGACUGCAAAUGCUCUCCUGAUGGUCAGCAUUUUGCAUGCACAGAUUCACAUGGACAUCUUUUAAUUUUUGGCUUUGGCUCCAGUAGCAAAUAUGAUAAGAUAGCAGACCAGAUGUUUUUUCAUAGUGAUUAUCGGCCCCUUAUCCGUGAUGCCAACAAUUUUGUAUUAGAUGAACAGACUCAGCAAGCUCCUCAUCUCAUGCCCCCUCCUUUUUUGGUUGAUGUUGACGGUAAUCCUCAUCCCUCAAGAUAUCAGAGAUUAGUUCCUGGUCGUGAAAAUUGCAGAGAAGAGCAACUCAUCCCUCAAAUGGGAAUAACUUCCUCAGGACUGAACCAAGUUUUAAGUCAGCAAGCAAUUCAGGAAAUGAGCCCAUUAGACAGCAUGAUCCAACGACUACAACAGGAGCAAGACUUAAGACGUUCUGGUGAAGCAGGUAUCAAUAAUCCCAGCCAUUUAAGUAGAGGCUCUGUAAGUUCUACCUCAGAGGUCCAUUCACCACCAAAUGUUGGACUAAGGCGUAGUGGACAAAUUGAAGGUGUACGACAAAUGCAUAGCAAUGCACCAAGAAGUGAAAUAGCCACUGAACGGGAUCUAGUAGCUUGGAGUCGAAGAGUGGUAGUACCUGAACUGUCAGCUGGUGUAGCCAGUCGGCAAGAAGAUUGGAGAACUGCAAAGGGAGAAGAAGAAGUAAAGACAUAUAGGUCAGAAGAGAAAAGGAAACACUUUACUAUUUCAAAAGAAAAUAAAAUACCCACUGUUUCAAAGAAUCAUGCUCAUGAGAAUUUCCUGGAUAUUGGAGAAUCCAAAAAGCAACAGUCAAAUCAACACAAUUACCGUACAAGAUCUGCAUUGGAAGAGACACUUAGACCUUCAGAAGAGAUAGAAAGUGACACUAGUUCUUCAGAUGAAGGUGAAGUUGUUGCUAUCAGUGGCGGAACAUCAGAAGAGGAAGAAAGAGCAUGGCAUAGUGAUGGCAGUUCUAGUGACUACUCCAGUGAUUAUUCUGACUGGACAGCAGAUGCAGGGAUUAAUCUGCAACCACCAAAGAAAGUUCCUAAGCAUAAAGCCAAGAAAGCAGAAAGCAGUUCAGAUGAAGAAGAUGAAAAGCAGAAGCAAAAACAGAUCAAAAAAGAAAGGAAAAAAAUUAAUGAAGAAAAAGAUGGACAGAUAUCACCAAAGAAAAAGAAGCCCAAAGAAAGAAAACAGAAGAGAUUGGCUGUAGGAGAACUAACCGAAAAUGGCUUGACACUAGAAGAAUGGUUACCUUCAACUUGGAUUACAGAUACUAUUCCCCGAAGAUGCCCAUUUGUGCCACAGAUGGGUGAUGAGGUUUAUUAUUUCCGACAGGGACAUGAAGCGUAUGUUGAAAUGGCCCGGAAAAAUAAAAUUUAUAAUAUUAAUCCAAAAAAACAGCCAUGGCAUAAAAUGGAACUACGGGAACAAGAACUAAUGAAAAUAGUUGGCAUAAAAUAUGAAGUGGGACUGCCUACUCUAUGCUGCCUUAAACUUGCUUUUCUAGAUCCUGAUACUGGUAAACUGACAGGCGGAUCAUUUACCAUGAAAUACCAUGAUAUGCCUGAUGUUAUAGAUUUCCUAGUCUUGAGACAACAAUUUGACGAUGCAAAAUAUAGGCGGUGGAAUAUAGGUGACCGUUUCAGAUCAGUCAUAGAUGAUGCCUGGUGGUUUGGAACAAUUGAAAGCCAGGAACCUCUUCAACCUGACUACCCUGAUAGUUUGUUUCAGUGCUAUAAUGUUUGCUGGGACAAUGGAGAUACAGAAAAGAUGAGCCCUUGGGAUAUGGAGCUUAUACCUAAUAAUGCUGUAUUUCCUGAAGAACUAGGUACCAGUGUUCCUUUAACUGAUGUUGAAUGUAGAUCACUGAUCUAUAAACCUCUUGAUGGAGAAUGGGGGUCCAAUCCUAGGGAUGAAGAAUGUGAAAGAAUUAUCACAGGAAUAAACCAGUUGAUGACAUUAGAUAUUGCUUCAGCAUUUGUCGCCCCUGUGGAUCUGCAAGCCUAUCCCAUGUAUUGCACUGUAGUAGCAUAUCCAACAGAUUUAAGUACGAUUAAACAAAGACUGGAAAACAGAUUUUACAGGCGUGUUUCUUCCCUUAUGUGGGAAGUUCGAUAUAUAGAGCAUAAUACACGGACAUUUAAUGAGCCUGGGAGCCCUAUUGUGAAAUCUGCUAAAUUUGUGACUGAUCUUCUCCUGCAUUUUAUAAAGGACCAGACUAGUUAUAAUAUUAUUCCACUCUACAAUUCAAUGAAGAAAAAAGUUUUAUCUGAUUCUGAGGAAGAAGAGAAAGAUGCUGAUGUUCCAGGAACUUCUACCAGAAAAAGAAAGGACCAUCAGCCCAGAAGGAGGCUGCGUAAUAGAGCUCAGUCUUAUGAUAUUCAGGCAUGGAAAACACAGUGUCAAGAAUUGUUAGAUCUCAUUUUUCAAUGUGAAGAUUCUGAACCUUUUCGGCAACCCGUAGAUCUACUUGAAUAUCCAGACUACAGAGACAUCAUUGACACUCCAAUGGAUUUUGCUACUGUUAGAGAAACUUUAGAGGCUGGGAAUUAUGAGUCACCAAUGGAGUUAUGUAAAGAUGUCAGACUUAUUUUCAGUAAUUCCAAAGCAUAUACACCAAGCAAAAGAUCUCGGAUUUACAGCAUGAGUUUACGCUUAUCUGCUUUCUUUGAAGAACACAUUAGUUCAGUUUUAUCAGACUAUAAAUCUGCUCUUCGUUUUCAUAAAAGAAAUACAAUAACCAAAAGGAGGAGAAAAAGAAAGAGAAGCAGUUCUAUUUCCAGUAGUGCUACAUCAAGCCCUGAACGGAAGAAAAGAAUAUUAAAACCCCAACUAAAGUCAGAUAUGUCUACCUCUUCAUUCUCAAUACCUACACGAACAGUAGCACCAAGGCACAGUUCCACUCAGAUAAAUGGUAAAACAGAAUCCAAUUCUGUAGUUCGAACCAGAAGCAACCGAGUAAUUGUAGACCCAGUUACCACUGAGCAACCAUCUACUUCUUCAGCAGCAAAGACUUUUAUUGCUAAAGCUAAUACUCCUGUAGUACCAGGGAAAACAACUCUAGAGAAUUCUUUGAAACAUUCCAAAUCCUUGAAUACUCUUCCAAGCCCUGGUCAAUCCAGUUUUAGUCAUGGCACUAGGAAUAAUUCUGCCAAAGAAAACACAGAAAAGGAAAAGAUAGUUAAGCGUAAAAUGAAGGCACCUGUACUUUCAAAGACGGUUACUCUUACAAAGUCAUCAGCUGUCAAUGAACAAGAUUGUAAGAAUAAUCUUGUACCAGGAAGCAUUCAAGUAAAUGGCCAUGGUGGGCAGCCAUCUAAACUUGUGAAGAGAGGACCUGGAAGGAAACCUAAAGUAGAAGUUAAUACUAAGAGUGGUGAAGUUAUACCCAAAAAAAGGGGUAGGAAACCCAAAAGACUUCAAAAUGCAAAGCCAGAAAAUUCAGAGCAAAAUAAUGUGCAUUCCAUCAGAGAUGUAGUUCCUUCUUCAACAUGUGAUUUUCUUUCUGAAACUAGUAUUAUAAAGGAAGAUUUGUUGCAGAAGAAGAGUUGUGGAGGCAGAAAAUCCAAAAGGAAAAUGAAGACACAAAAACUAGAUUCGGAUCUCAUAGUACCUACUAGUGUUAAAAUGCUAACGAGAAGUAACCGAAAAAAACCAGAUGAUCCUAUGGAUGAGGAAGAAGAAUUUGAGGAACUCAAAAGCUCUGAACCCCACAUGAGAACUAGAAAUCAAGGUCGAAGGACAGCUUUCUAUAAUGAAGAUGAUUCUGAAGAGGAGCAAAGGCAGUUGCUAUUUGAAGACACUUCUUUGACUUUUGGAACUUCUAGUAGAGGACGAGUCCGAAAGUUGACUGAAAAAGCAAAAGCUAACUUAAUUGGUUGGUAACAUGUACCAAAACAUUUUAUUUCAAAAUCUAUAAAACAGGUACAGUUAAGGAAUAUGUAGAACUUAAGACUUCUGCUUCCUUGCUGCUAUGGUGGAUUAGGGAAUGCUAUGCUUUGAUUUACAAAAAAAGAAAAGAACCACAAACACUUCACUUCUUUAAAUGAAUAUAUAUAAAAAUAUAUACAUAUAUAUUUUAAAUGUUUGCUAUUUAUUGCCCCUGGGUAGGUUAUUCAUUUCAUUCACUGUUUGAAACAAAAUAAUUUGUGGAAUUAUAAUGAAUUCCUAGUUUAUCUCUGGAAAAGACAGUUCUGCUACAUACUUUAAGAGCAUGAUUCCUAAAAUAGAACAUUCGUGAAUUAUUUUUGACCUAGUAAAGUACAUUUUUAUUAGUAAAGAACUCAUGUCCUCAUGCUAUCAGAGUAGCAGAAAAUUUUUAAAUGUGUUUCCUCUAUAAAGUUAAAUGUAAGAUUAUCACCAUUUGAUACUCUAAAAACUUAAUUUUAAUUGUAAAAUGUUCAUCUACCAAGAAUCUAGAGGAUGCUUUUGCUAUAUUCCAUUUCUGCCAAACUUAAGGGAAAAUGUGCUGAUGAAAAGGAAACAUAUCCACAUUGGAAAACAUUUGACUGUCUAAUUUUUCAGACCUUGAUUCUUAUAUCAAUCACUCAAUCUCUGUUUAUUGUGCCAAAGACUGAGAAUCAGUGCAGUGAAAAGCCUGUCUUUGACUGUCAGCACAGCAUACGCUUUUCAAUGUUGGGAAGACUGUAUAUUAUUCUAAAGAGCAAGUUAUUAAAAUAAACUACACUUUUCUUUUUUGGUACUAAUAGGAAAUAGUGCACUGAUGGGUCCUUUGACAGAGAUGUUUUAAAGAAAAAUGUUUAAGUGGUUAAAGGAUUCAAGGAAAAUACAGGAAAAAAGUAUGGGAUUUGAUGUUUACUUAAUGAUCUGGAAUGAUGUCAUUUGUAAACUUUAGACAUAUUUAUAGGCUAAAAAAGACUUACAAAGAAAUAUGUGUAUGUGUAUAUAUUGAUAAAUGGGUAUAAAUAUAUAUACAGACACAUACUUAUAUACUAUUACCCAGGUAUAAAUUCUUUUCAGGAUUUUUUUAGAUAGUAGUAAAAUAAAAAUAAUUUUAAAUGUCAUACUUUAUAGUUUAAUUUUAAGGGGAAGAUUGGUUAUUUGCAAUUAUUAAAGGUUAAAAUAGGCCAAAUCACUUUUUAUGCAAUCAUGUUUUAUACAGUGGUCUCAUUGCACAUUGUGUUUUCUCUGCACUUUUUAUGGUAUCCUUAUCAUGCUAGUAUGUCAGUAUACAUCCUGAAGAAAAAUUCCAUUUAAUAAUUGUGCCUUGUAUUCUAUUAUUUUUUGCAUCAUUAGUAAAAUUAAGUUGUCUAUUGUAAAUGAUAACUAUAUGACUUAGGAGAAUGUAUUGCUAUAUGUACUGCUAUGGAAAAGGAAAGCAGUUAUUUAUUUGUUUAUGGUACAGUUAGUUAUUUUAUACCUUAAAAUCUGACAUAAAUGCCAUUUCUAUUGUUUAAAAAUUAUUGUCCAUUUUUUUAACAAUGAAGAAUGUAGUAUUUUCUGAGACUGAUCUGGUACAAAAAUGUCACCAAAUUUUAAAUACUACAUCUUUUUAAAAGUGAGGAUGGGGAUUAAAUAUGUAUCAGCAUGACCCUGGUAAAAUAGAAAAAUAAAGUCUUAAAUUGAACUUUGGCAAAAUUAUAAUAUAAUUAUUUCUUUAUUUCUGGUAGGGCCAUAUGUUAGCUGCGAUUUAGUUGUCUUGACAAUGGAAAGUGAUGCAUUUGGGCUUUUUAGAUUGUUUAUAAUUAAAUUUGUACAAAAAUUCUUUAAAAUUAAGUAAACCAUUUUCCAGAUUCUACUUGCAUUGCUGUGGUUUUGCAAUUGGAAAAUAAUUUCAGAUUUUUCAGCUUUUUUGUAUAUUUUUUCUAACAAAUAUAACUUAAAAUUCAGUAGAUAAACUCUUCAUGCAGAAAUGGAUAACUUAGUUGUACAGUCAGAUUUUUCAGUUACACCAUAAUGAAAAUAAUAGUGUGUAUGUUUGGAAAUAUAAGUCAUUGAUGUGUUGCUUUUGAAGGCAAUCUAUUUGAAA